UUUUUCAUCAUUCGAAAUAUAAUCGUCUUUCACAGCGGACGGACUUUUAGUUAAAGAACACGAAAAUCGAAAUGCCUUUACAAGGACAAGACCUUUUGAAUUUAUGUGCCUUGGCCAUUCAAAAUGAGGAUCUUAUAGUCGGUGUCGGAAAAAUGGCCAUGAAUAUGAUGGCUCGUUCACCCAAUGCACAAGCGUUCAAUUUUGCAAGAGGUUUUGCCGGAUUUGUAUUUGAUAGACUUGGGGCUAAUACUCAAGGUGGAUGCGGCCGCUCCCCUUUGGGAAAUUCUAGGAAUGACAAGAAGAUGCCCGCUAGUGAAUUCAUUCAAAAUCGUAUGAACGAAGAUCAACAGGAGAGACUUAUAAAUAGGGUUUCGGGGGUAUUGGGAAAUAGAAGUGGCAAUUCUUCAUAUACUGAUUUGUUGUUUAUGAUACUGAACAAUCCAAAUGUGAAGAAUAUGGUCGUGCGAGAAAUAAAGAAAUUUUUGGAAGGUGAAAAUAUGUCCUGUAGCCGAUCUGGUUGUGACUACGAUGAUGAUGAUGAUUACGGUUAUAAUAAUUCCAGUUGUUGUUCGAGAAGUAGAUCAUGCUCGAGAUAUUGAUUGAUUCAAAGAGUGAAGGCGCAAAUGAAAUAUAAGUAACCUGAAUCACCCGUUAUUCUUUUGUAUUCAAUAAAUUCCGAACUCGAAUUUUUUUCAUAUAAAAUUCGUCUAUUCAAUUAAUCAAAAUGGAAUCAAUUGGACACUUUGAAACAAAUAAUCUAUAACGUAUUUACUUUUAACAUAUUUGUGUGGUUUAGUAUUGUGAUGUGAUUUAUAAUUGUUUUAUUUAUUGACUUUUAUUGUAUGUAAUGUGUAUUUUUUAGUGAUUUCUUUUUAAAG